CCAGACAGGGAUGCCCACUCUCACCAUUGCUAUUCAAUAUAGUCCUAGAAGUCUUAGCCAGAGCCAUCAGGCAAGAAAAAGAAAUUAAAGGGAUACAAAUGGGAAAGGAGGAAGUCAAACUAUCCCUGUUUGCAGAUGACAUGAUACUAUAUAUAGAGGACCCAAUAAACUCCUAUAAGAGGCUACUGAAACUCAUAGAAGAGUUUGGUAAAGUAGCAGGAUACAAAGUCAACGCUCAGAAAUCAACAGCCUUUGUAUACACAGACAAUGCCAGGGCCGAGGAAGAACUACUAAGAUCAAUCCCAUUCACAAUAGCCACAAAAACAAUAAAGUACCUUGGAAUAAAUUUAACCAAGGAGGUCAAAGAACUCUAUGAUGAAAAUUACAAAACACUAAAGAAAGAAAUAGAAGACGACACAAAAAAAUGGAAAAACCUGCCAUGCUCAUGGAUUGGGACAAUCAAUAUCAUCAAAAUGUCCAUUCUCCCAAAAGCAAUUUACAAGUUCAAUGCAAUACCAAUCAAAAUACCAAAGUCAUUCUUCAAAGACCUAGAAAAAACGAUGCUGAAAUUCAUAUGGAGAAACAGGAGACCCAGAAUAGCUAAAGCAAUCCUUUACAAUAAAAACAAGGCCGGAGGCAUCACAAUUCCAGUCUUCAAAGCAUACUACAGGGCAGUUAUAAUCAAAACAGUCUGUUACUGGUACAAAAACAGAUGGAUAGACCAAUGGAACAGAAUAGAAACACCGGAGAUCAAUCCAAACAUCUAUAACCAACUCAUAUUUGACAAAGGACCUAAAACCAACCCCUGGAACAAGGACAGCCUCUUCAACAAAUGGUGCUGGGAAAACUGGAUGUCCACAUGCUGCAGUAUGAAGCAAGACCCCUACCUUACACCUUAUACAAAAAUCCACUCAACAUGGAUCAAAGAACUAGAGUUGCGCCACGACACCAUGAAACUAAUUGAGAGCAUAGGGGAAACCCUCCAAGAUAUCGGAAUAGGCGAAGAAUUCCUGGAGAAGACUCCACAGGCACGGGUAAUCAAAGAUAAAAUAAACAAAUGGGAUUACCUAAAAUUGAAGAGUUUCUUAACAGCAAAGGAAACAGUCAGGAAAGCGAAGAGGCAACCAACAGAAUGGGAGACAUUAUUCGCAAACUACACAACAGAUAAAGGAUUAACAACUAGAAUCUACACAAUGAUCAAAAAACACCACAGAAUCAAAACAAACAACCCAAUAAAAAAAUGGGCCAAGGACCUUAACAGGCAUUUUUCAAAAGAGGAAAUCCAAAUGGCCAACAGGCACAUGAAAAAAUGCUCAGGAUCCCUAGCCAUCAGGGAAAUGCAGAUCAAAACCACAAUGAGAUACCACCUCACUCCGGUUAGAUUGGCUUACGUACAGAAAUCAACCAACAACAGAUGCUGGCGAGGAUGUGGAGAAAAGGGGACACUAAUCCACUGUUGGUGGGAAUGCAAGCUGGUAAAGCCACUAUGGAAGACAGUCUGGAGAGUCCUCAGAAACCUGAACAUAGCACUACCACAGGACCCAGCCAUCCCACUCCUUGGAAUAUACCCAAAUGGAAUUAAAGGGGUGAAAAAAGCCAUUUGCACCUCAAUAUUUGUUGCAGCUCAAUUCACAAUAGCUAAGACAUGGAAUCAACCUAAAUGUCCAUCAACGGAUGACUGGAUAAAGAAACUAUGGGGUAUGUACUCUAUGGAACACUAUACAGCAGUAAAAAAACAACGAAAUCUGGGCAUUCACAACAAAAUGGAGGAAGCUGGAAAACAUCAUGCUGAGUGAAAUAAGCCAGUCCAAAAGGGAUAAAUAUCACAUGUUCUCCCUGAUCGAUGGCAACUAAACGAGCACCUAAAAUGAUACCCAUUGAAGUGAAAUGGACACUAUGAGAGACAAUGACAUGAGCAGCCCUUGUCUAGACUGUUGAGGAAAAACUUACUAUUUUGUUCCUUUAGUAUUUUUGUUGUUGUUGUUGUUGCUUGGUAUGCUCUACACAAGACCACUGGUUGAACUCUGCAAUCAAUGCAUAACCAUUCUUAAGCGUUUAAAAAUUAAUAGGAAAUUGAUCUCUGUGGAACAUGGGAGUGGGAAUAAGAGAAGGAGGAGAUAUAUAGGACGGCACAUACUCACUCAGACCUACCUCCAAUGGUGGAACUGGAAAUGUGCCAGGGGAUUUCAACUCAAUCUUACCAAGGAGGCAGGUACCAAUGCCAGCACACUUGGUAAAGAGACAAAUAUAAAUACACAACUGAUCCAAAAGAUAGGGUAAGUGUCGAAGAGAUUACACAAAUAAGACCAGUGUAAGCAAAUAAUGAAAGAUAGAAUCAAAAGGGUUGAGAAUGAUCCUGCGGGGGAAGCAGGUCAGACAGCAGACUCAUAGAAUGGCAAAUGCCCAAAACAGCACUCCUGUCUCAGAAUCAACCCUUGGGACAUUCGGAUCUGACUAAAAGGUCCAUGAGAGUCUCUCAGGCAUGGAAAGCCAUGACAUGGUGGCAAAAAACAAUCUAAAUGAAGGAUCCUGGUGAACAACACUCCAGCAGAAGGAUCAGGCCUUCAAGGAGAGAGCCGCCUUUCUCUGAAGGGAGGAAGGAACCUCCACUGUGAUAUGGCCUUGACUAAACAAAUUCAGAGUUGGUGAACUCAAGGGGCUUCCAUAGCCUAGACAGCUCAUAGCAAGAGUCUCGGGUGAUUGCUGACGUCAUAAAUAAGAGUGCCAAUUGUUAAAUCAACAAUGGGAGUCACUGGGUUCAUGCUCCCCUCGCAGGAUCUCUGUCCUUAAUAUGUUUAUCUAUGAAACUCAAAAACAACACUACUAGUCGAACAAUACCCUAUACCUGGUUCGGUUGUGUGAGUGCAACCUGUUGAAAUCCCUGCUUAGUAUAUACUAAAUUGAUCUUCGGUAUAUGAAGAUGAAGUAAGAAAAACAGAAUGCAGCUUUCAAGGUUUCUUUCAAGCAAUUGGCUUAUGGAACUCUGAGAGAUGCUACUGACUAUGACAUGUUGGAAUUAUCAUGAUCAGCUAUCCAGUUUGGAUUUCACCCAGUGGCCAAGAGCUUUGCAUAGUAGGCGGCAAGGAUUGGAUUUUUGAAAAGAGUAAACCAGGUUCUAGGCCAUCCGUCAGUACCAGCGCCCUGGGGACCAAGCUAUUAAUACAAGAACCUUGGAGGACAAACCACAUCCAAACCAUAGUACCUAGCCCGUGACCAAGGUGUAGUCUAAGAAGUGGAGUCAUGCUUCACACGGCUGUGUCAUGCUGGCAGCCAUUCCUGGGUCUGGCUGUGGUGUUAAUCUUCAUGGGAUCCACCAUUGGCUGCCCUGCCCGCUGCGAGUGCUCUGCCCAGAAUAAAUCUGUUAGCUGCCACAGAAGACGACUGAUGGCCAUCCCAGAGGGCAUUCCCAUUGAGACCAAGAUCUUGGACCUCAGUAAAAAUCGGUUGAAAAGUGUCAACCCUGAAGAAUUCAUAUCCUAUCCUCUGCUGGAGGAGGUAGACUUGAGUGACAAUGUGAUCGCCAAUGUGGAACCAGGCGCAUUUAACAAUCUUUUCAACCUGCGUUCCCUUCGCCUGAAAGGCAAUCGUCUGAAGUUGGUACCGCUAGGGGUAUUCACAGGGCUGUCCAACCUCACCAAGCUUGACAUUAGUGAGAAUAAGAUUGUCAUCUUACUGGACUACAUGUUCCAGGAUCUUCACAACCUGAAGUCGCUAGAAGUGGGGGACAAUGAUUUGGUUUAUAUAUCACACAGGGCCUUCAGCGGGCUACUUAGCUUGGAGCAGCUCACCUUGGAGAAAUGCAACUUAACAGCAGUACCAACAGAAGCCCUCUCCCACCUCCGCAGCCUCAUCAGCCUGCACCUGAAGCAUCUCAAUAUCAACACAAUGCCUGUGUAUGCCUUUAAAAGAUUAUUUCACCUGAAACACCUAGAGAUUGACUAUUGGCCUUUACUGGAUAUGAUGCCUGCCAAUAGCCUCUACGGUCUCAACCUCACAUCCCUUUCAAUCACCAAUACCAACUUGUCUACUGUGCCCUUCCUUGCCUUUAAACACCUGGUAUACCUGACCCACCUUAACCUUUCCUACAACCCCAUCAGCACUAUUGAGGCAGGCAUGUUCUCUGACCUGAUUCGCCUUCAGGAGCUUCAUAUAGUGGGGGCCCAGCUCCGCACCAUUGAGCCUCACUCUUUCCAAGGGCUCCGCUUCCUUCGUGUGCUCAACGUGUCUCAGAACCUGCUGGAAACUUUGGAAGAGAAUGUCUUCUCUUCCCCUAGGGCUUUGGAGGUCCUGAGCAUUAAUAACAACCCACUGGCCUGUGACUGCCGUCUCCUCUGGAUCCUUCAGCGCCAGCCCACCCUGCAGUUCGGUGGCCAGCAGCCCAUGUGCGCUGGUCCAGACACCAUCCGUGAGAGGUCAUUCAAGGAUUUCCAUAGCACUGCCCUUUCUUUUUACUUCACCUGCAAGAAACCCAAAAUCCGUGAGAAGAAGCUACAGCAUCUGCUGGUGGACGAAGGGCAGACGGUCCAGUUAGAAUGCAAUGCCGAUGGAGAUCCGCAGCCUGUGAUUUCCUGGGUGACACCCCGAAGGCGUUUCAUCACCACCAAGUCCAAUGGAAGAGCCACCGUGUUGGGCGAUGGCACCUUGGAAAUCCGAUUUGCCCAAGAUCAAGACAGUGGGAUGUAUGUUUGCGUCGCUAGCAACGCUGCUGGGAAUGACACCUUCACAGCCUCUUUAACUGUGAAAGGAUUCACUUCAGACCGCUUCCUCUACGCAAACAGGACCCCUAUGUACAUGACCGACUCCAAUGACACCAUUUCCAAUGGCACCAAUGCCAACACCUUUGCCCUGGACCUUAAAACAAUACUGGUGUCUACAGCCAUGGGCUGUUUCACAUUCCUGGGGGUGGUUUUAUUUUGUUUUCUCCUCCUUUUUGUGUGGAGCCGAGGGAAAGGCAAGCACAAAAACAGCAUUGACCUUGAAUAUGUGCCCCGAAAAAACAAUGGUGCUGUUGUGGAAGGGGAGGUGGCUGGACCCAGGAGGUUCAACAUGAAAAUGAUUUGAGGGUCCACCGCUUACACUACUGUCUCUAUGUCGUUGUUGGUAAUCAGUAAGGCAAUCUGACACGGUGAUUUACUAAGAGAAAGAGGCAGCUUUGUGCAGUUGCCCCUAUGUCAAAGCAGGGUCCAUGGAAGCAGGAGGACUUCUUAUGGAGACUCUCCAUGUAGGGGCAGGCAGGCAUGUGUCAGAGCUCUUCACACAGUGGGAUACUAAUUGUUUGCAUUGCAAAUAUUGGCAUUCUGGGGAUCUCAGUAACGAACCUGAAUCUUUGGCUCAUGCUCAUGGACAAUUCAUCAUUUUCUACCACUGCAAAAACAAAAGAAAAAAAAUAAAACAGAACCUACAGUGUAGGAGUUACAUAUUUAAAAGAAGACACAUUUGUCUAAAACAUACUCUACAGAAAAAUUUGUAUCUAUGAUUAUCAUUUGUUCAAGCCUUGCAUCAUACCAUAUUGUUGGUUCAGCACCAUAAAGAGAUCGAUAUAUUCUUUCCUUUUUGUUUGAAACAUAUAUGCUGUAUAUGUUUUAAAGCAAUAUGAAUGAGAGGUUGUGCUUUUAGUUACUCACCACUAUAGAUCCAAAUGUGAUUCACCUUCCUUUACCUAUAGAGAACCCUGAGACUAGAUCCUUGGAGCUAUGGGCAGAGAGAUGGGAGAUGUCUUUGUCUGAUGUAGGAUGCCAAGAAAACAGGACCCAAGGCAAAACUGCUCAACUCUGUUAACUUCUGUUACUAUAAAUAAAGGCAUAUGCCUAGUUUUGAUACAGAAUGGAAUAUUUUUUAUACUUGUAAUAUCACCCUGGACCAGUUUACUGUAACAAAGCCCUUGGUUUCUCUAAAAGGUGGUGUGGCACUAGCUGUACCUGUAAAAUCCAAGGUAGGUGUUAUUAAUGGAAAUGAUCCAUCUAACCACCCCUUGAUUUUACUUUCAUCAGUCACUGCUAAUGGGUUCAUUGAAAAUGGAAGAGGGGGCACUGGUUAUAUAUGGUCACUGGGUAGUAUUUGCUAGUAGCUACUAUGAAGAAUUCAGGUGGUCCAAAGCUCUGUGGAUAUGCAUUUCUCAGAUGCUCACCCAAACCAGGGUGAUCCAUGUGUAACAUGACAGUAAUGCAACUAAGGACCUAUUUGAAAUGUCACUGCUGCUCGAAGGCUAGAUUACUGCCAAUCAAAGGGAACAUCUAGCCACUGCCUCUCUGAUGUUCUCUAUUCAAAUACUGUACACACAGUAUUACUUGAAUAGGCAACCUCAGGGUUUCUCCCUGCUUCCUUACUCUGUAGAUUUGGGUUUUUAUUUGAAAUUGACCUUGUGUAGAUAAAAGGAAAUAUAUCUUGUGUUUAAAGAGGGGAGGCAAAAAACAGAACAAACAAACAAACAAAAAAAACAAUGGAUGAAUUUCAAACUCCUGCUCUUUCUUCAAUGGAGGAAAAAUUAAGAGUAUGGCCCAUAAACAUAUUAAAUUGUGCUGGAUUUUUUACCCUCUAACCCAACAAGACUUGCCCAAUUCACUUUGUGUUAAUGAUGGUUACUCACACAAUCCUGUGUUUAUAAAAUGGCAUCAUACUCUUACCACCAGUGAUUUCAUUUCAAGGAAGCAGAGUUACAUUUGGCUAGAAAUUGAGUGAAUGACUUUCAAAGCAUAUAUUUAUAUAAUCUGCAAAAGCACUGAAUAUCAGCUAUACUCAUUAAAUGGCUUAUAAUUGAUCUGCAUAGGAGAUUUCUAUACUUUUCACAGUUUGAGUCCCUUUUUGGAUAGGUAGGUCAACUGGGGAGGGGCUCUGGAGCUCACUUCUUUACAUUGGGUUAGAGGUCUGAAAAGCUAUCUCUUUUUAGUAUUUGAAAUUUUGAGGACAUUUAAUAAAAUUAAAUUAAUAUUCAUAUAAUAAAAAAGUAAAAGAGUAAUAGGCCCUGAAAUUAUUUUGCCAAUUGAAUAACAAAAGAGUUAAGCCCUCUAUCCCUUAAUAAGGGGUAGAAAACAAAAUAGACAGUUAGAAGAAUUGCCUGUUGGAGUCACUUCUCAUUUGACUUUCCUGAUGAUUAUUAUAGAUCUUUUGGAAAUUAGUCUCCCAUUUGUGGUCUUAUUUAUAUAUCUAAUAAUGCAAAUUAAUUCUGUAAAUUAUAUCACAAUUCCAACUCAUGUGCAAAUGAAAUGGAGUCUUUCAAACAAAAUUAAUGUGGAGAGAUAAUUUUCAAAAGUUAGUAGAAACUACUUGAUCUCCAAUCUGCAACAUUUUAUGAAGUAUUUAACUACAGAGAGAGAAAGAGAUUGAACAAUUAGUACAAAAACUUUGAGAUUGUAAUACUAUUUUCUGUCAAAAUAGAAGCUUGCCAAAAACACCUGAGUGAAAUGAACCUGGGUUAAAGUUAACCCAUCAAGAAAAGAUUUAGUUACUAUCUGACUACUAGAAAAGAUAUUGGACUCCCUCAUGGGUUUGGGUACUAUGAUCCAUAAACAGCAGUUAUUUAAGAGAUUACUAAGCAUUCUUCCAAAAAAGAGUCCCAUUAAUUAUAUGUGGUGAAAAUUCUGCAGUCUAUAAUCACCUUUGGAGGUGGAAAAUCUACCUGAGCCUGAUAAAUGCUCUGAAAAGUCCUAUAAACAAGAAUCCUGUUUAAUGCAAUUUACCUUGGGCUCAUGUAAAUUAUUUGAACAUAAAGCACAGUAACUGUUAGUGUCUUCAAAAACUAAAAUCCCAUAGAAGCCAGAAUGGUCAAUAUUUAGACUAGAGUAGUACUCAUGAAUUAUUCCCAGUUCCAAUAUUCUAGUAAAAAUGAAUUUACUGUGUACCCCCUGAAUCAGUGUUCAGAUUACAAAGUAUGUUUACAUGUUUACAAGAUAUUUCCAGGAAAUUUGGCUACUUUCUGCCUGAGCAUAAUAGUGAUUGAUUUGUAGAUAAUUGAAUGCUCAUUUAAUUUGUUUCAUUCUCAUUAUUGGUGUGUAUCUUGAAUUUCUUUUUAUAUCUGCAAAGUUCUAGUAUUCCAUUGACUGCAACCUGGGGACUCUAGGUUCUAGUUUUACAAAGGAUUCACCUGCAUGAAUUUUUGCUUCAUGGCUUUUGAUUAUCACUUGUUAGAUUAACUUAGACCAUUGCAGAGAAUAACUGCUUAGCCCUACACAGGGCCAGCUCCUCUUAGGUAUGAUAUCUAGGAAUCAUUUUCUUCCUUCAUGGUUUGCUUUAAAAUAUUUUGAGAAGAAAUACAGUUGUUUGGCUCAGCAUUUCAUAAUGGGUUUAUCUGUAUUCCAUGUAUGUAUGUUAAGCAUUCUUCAGGGCAGUGUUUAUCCUCUCUAUUCAUUAUAUCUGUAUAAAAAGAAAUUCCAUGACUAGAGUCCAAGUGAUAAUUGAUACAUGACCCCACAUGUCUGAAAUACAUAUUCUGGAACAUGAUAACUCACCCAAGCAAUUUGUCCUAGUGCUUUCCAGGGAAAAAAUUUCUACUUUUCCAAAUUCUCAUAUUACUCACUUUGUAGCAUAUUUCCUUUUCAUUGCCAUUCAUAAGUAUGUGAUUUUCAAAAAUUCCCAAAGUAUGAAAAUGCCAAGAUUUGUGUUUUCUAAUUCCUUAAGACAUUUGUCAGAACUUGGUUUUGCUCACUUUUCUCAGAAAUUUUAUUUAUCCCAACACUCCAUAGUUCUCGGAGGUAUUCGGGAUUUGUUCUACAGUAUGCAGGGUGAAUUCUUCUCUCAUUGUUCUGUAAAAAUAUUCUGUUCUCCUCAGUUCUCAUAGAAGUCCAGAAGUAAAAAUCUUCUUAGGAUCUUUUAUUUAAAUCUCACCUGCAUAGAAGCCUGACUUUUGUCACUUCCCAUUACUCAUGUAGGAACAAAUAUAUUUUGUAUUAGAAGUACAAAAAAGAGAGGAUAUGAUCUUGCAGGAAAAAAAUGAAUAGAGAGCCAUGUAAAUUAACUUAUACUUCCCGAGUCUCCCUUCAUCUCAGUGUCAAGACAUUUGUCUUAUCUUCAGGGGCUAUGCUCAGUAACAUAGAACUUGUCUUGAGGCUUUCUAGAAAAGACAAAAUAGAUCAUUUUGAGCUUAGAAGGCUAGGACCUGACAAAAUGACACAUCAUGAAUUUAAAUAAAGGUUGGAGGAAGAAACUGGGAUCCAUUUUAAUCCUAUCUCCAUCAUUAAUAAUUUAUAGUUAUUGUCCGCCAGCUGGAGAGGAAUCAGAGAGUAGCCCCUUCUUUAAUUUUCACUGGUAACCGUUUUAUCCCCUUUCUUUAUGCUCUGGUUACCUAUGAGAGUCCAAAUAGAUUUUGUGGCAUGUGAACCUUAGUAACAAAACCUCUGAAACCAAAGUCAUUCAUUCUACUCAGCAUGUAGAGAAAGAUGUAUCAUUUUUAUUACUAGAAUUAAUAUUUCCCAUUAGACUAAUAUAUCAUGUGCCUGGUUAUUUCCAUUGACUUUCUACCACUGGCUUUGGGUUCUCCGUUCAAUUCUUUUCAACCAAAACCCUUGAUAUUUCGUGAUUGAGGAGUUUUGGAGUUAUUCUGCCCUUGUGUAUAGAAAGCCUUAAGGAAUGAACUGUUACUAGACUUAGUGAUUUUAGAAUUUAAUAUUUUGGUUAGGUUUCCCCUGGUACUUUGGCAAACACUUAAUGAAUCUCUCUCUGAUAUUCCACUUUACCUCUUCAAAAACCUUUCUCAAGAGAGCCUUUUCAUUAGGACUCUGGCAAAAUUGUGACUAGUGGGAAAGAAAAGCCUUUCAACAUAGGUCUAAAAGAUGAAAUUACUUGCUGUGACCUUUAGCUAAAGAAACCUAAUAAACACUGGGUCCAGAGGCCAUACAUCUAUGCUUAUAAGGUUUAGUAAAGUAACCCAUGUUUUAAAUCAAUAAUUGAUGACUGGUUUCCCAAACGAAGUGGGUUUUCUUUUUUAAGAGCAGUAAAUAUAGCAACAUGUUUUCUCAAAAAAUGUUAGGGAUUGCCUUGUGUGAGCUUGUCAGUGGAUAGCCUGUGGUAAAAUGCAACAACAAAGGACAUGAUUAACAUGUUUGCAGAAGGUUCAUUUUCUAAAAUGGGACUGCCCUGAUGUCCCUCCUUCCAAAUGUGGGGCACAGGCUUGCAUGUGACCCCGGUUGCCCGAUUGCCCUUCUUUAGUUUGUUGAUGACUCAGUGCCUCUUGUUUCUCCCAGUCUCCUUGGAAAACAUCCCUACUGGGAAGGAGGAAAGAAACAAGGACCAUUGUAGUAGCCACUCAUCUCCUAAGCAUAUGUCCCAAGACCUCUAGUGGAUGACUGAGAUUACUAAUAGUACCAAAUUCUGUAUACACUAUGCUUUUGCCUAUACAUACAGGCCUAUGAUAAAGUUCAAUUCAUAAGUUGGGCACAGUAAGAGAUUAACAAAAAUCAUAAAAUAAAAUGUCCUAAAUAAAUAAAAUGUCAUAAAAUAAAAUAAUUACAUGAAUGUGGUCUCUCUCUCUCCCUCUCUCCCUCCUUUUACUACCUAUUUAUACUUUCAAACUAUAAUUGACCAUGACUAAUAACCAUGGAAAGAAAAACUGGAUAAAGGGGAACUCUUGGACUAAUUAUUUUGAGACAGACCACAGGGAGAGGAAAGCUUUGGUAUAGCCCCCACUCCUGCCUUCUUUCCUGAUGCCAUGAUUCAAAUGAUCCUUUAUUCUCCCCCUCUGCCUACUCACCACUGUCACCUCUGAGCUGCUGUCAUGCCUUAUCAAUGAAUGCUGUCUCCAGGGAUACGUCUUCUUUCAUUGGUACUCCAAAAUUCUUGGGUAAUUGUUAAACUGGAAAUUGCUUAAAAAAAAAAAAAAAAACCCUCCAGCUUAUCUCACAUAACACUUUAAAAGUUAGGACUUACCAUUCAUAUAGUCACAAGCUGACAGCAAUAUGCAGGCUGAGUGAUUCUGACUUUUCUCUCUCUCUCUCUCUUCCAGAAGAAGGUAGCUUGAUAUAAUGUCAGCCUUAUAUAGAAAGCUUUAUUUAUAGCCUUAGCAUAAUGAGAAAAGAGCUCACAUGAUCAAGAGAGUACUUCACAUUUUAAGAAAGACUUUAAUUUUAGUAUGCAAAAUAUAUGAAAAAAACAAACAUGCAAAUUUAUGUCCUAUCAAAUUAGUUAACUAUAUUAAAUUCCAACAAAAGUUCAAAAGAUAACUGUCCAUACGGAAAAUAGUUCAGAUUUUGUGCCCAGUCUAAAAGAGGGGGAAAAGGCAGAUUUGGGUGCCUUGUUAACUUUUGUUAACUUUCUUCAUUUUGUUGCACACCUCCUCUUCUAAAUUGCUUUAACAUCUUCAGUCUAAAUAUAAUCUAUACCUACAUUAUAACCAACAGAUAGUAACUAAGCAGGAGAUCAACUCAGACUUGCAAAAAAUUCUUUUUGCCACUGUAUUUCCAGCACCAUGAUGACUCAUACAUGUUUGUGUAAUAGCAAAAGGCUGAAACUGAGUCAAACAUCCUAUAGAAGCUCUUUGGAAAGAAACAUGCUCUUUUCCUCCUCGGUGAUAAAGUUGGGUGCUAAUGCAUACCUUGGUCACUGCACAAGAGAGUAGUCUUCACAUGUUUUUUUCCAUAAAAUAUGGAACGCCCCAAAUCAUAAUUGAUUAAAAAGCUAUUGUUUAUAUAUACAUAUAUAAAUAUGUGGGGGAGGGUGGUUUGCUUUUUUUUCAAGUGUUUUAAAUGUGACUGUUUUUAAAGUUGAUAAGCUUGAGCAGGAGGUAAAAAAAAAAAAGAAAAAAAAAGAAAAAGAAUGUGUGUCUGUGUUUUAUUUUAAUGCUUUUUCUUAGUCUUACUCUGGGAAUAUCCCAUGACUGGAAGUUACUAACCAACGACCUAGGAAAACUUCUCUUCAAAAUGAUUGAUAAUUUGUUUUUGUUCUCAAAAAAGUUAGUGUUAAUGGCAAAAGUAUCUUAAUUUAGGUCUGAAUCUCAUUGACUAAUAAUUGGUUCACUGUUGUGGGCAUGCUGGGUUUUUCUAACAUGUAAAAAUCAAAUUAACUUAUUUUAAAUAGGUUUUACAUGCUAUUUAACAUAUAAAAUAAGUUAGAAAACACAUUUUCUUGGCUGAUGAAAAGGGCUUAAGCAACUGACUUUUCAGUUAAAUCCAUUGGCAUUUUAAGAAAUGAAAUGUAAUACAAAGCAAUUGGAGUCAUUUCCUUAUUAAGAGAGGUAGGUUUUAUGAGUCUCAUGAGGAAUAAGAGUUUGUUUACAUUGCCUUAGCACUGUAUUGAUUAAAUAAUCUACAAAACUAUCAGAGAGGAAGCAGAUGCAGUGGAAUAUGACUCUAAUGCUGGGGUGAGUGGAGACAACUCAGAAUCAAAGACCCAAGUAUCAGGUUCUUCAUCUGAAAAAUUAGAGAGGUCAUGGUCUUUCCUGCUUGAUAUCAAAAUCUAUGCAAUAUCAACAACACUACAAAGAUAUUAUAUCUUAGCGAAGAUAAGUCUUGUAUCACUUGCAAAAUUAUUUCAAAUUCAUUUGACGAGGUCACUUAAGAAAUUAAUAGGAAUGAUUUUAGGCAUGAAAUAUAUUUGAGCAGGAACUGAAAGUUUCAGCAAACCAUACAUACAGCAGCAUCUAGUUUUUCUUUGUGAAUUAGUUUUCACUCAACCAACUUCCAGUGACUCAAGACAUCAUGCAAAGUAGAAAGGCACAAAAAAAUUAAAAGGAGAAAGAUCUUCUACAAGCAAAUUAGUGACAUGGGGAAGUGUUAAAGAGGAAAUAAUUUGAACAUUUAAAAACUGCUUUUAGGCCAUCUUGUUCUGAACAUGAAGGUGCCUGCUCUACCUUAGGUGUUUGUCGUCAUUUCUAAUAAUAAGCUACUCCCUGUAGCUUAUUAGAUGCCCUCCAGUGAAAAGGGAGUAUAUAAAGGAGGAAGCAGAAAGCUGAUAGAUAGUAACGGUGGCUGCGAGUCAUGUUGUUAGAAGGCAAGAAAGCCUGGUUUUCACCUCCAAGCAGCAGCCAACAAACUAAUUCCGAGGCUGCUAGCAACAAACUUAGAAGGCCCUUUUGCUAUUCUUUAACUGCAAAAGGGAGAGCUUUCCCCUUGAAGGCUUUCUGGCAAUGCCAGAGCUGCUUGGGUAAGAGUCACAUCGCUGACAGUGGACUUCCAUCUUGUGUCACCAAACUGUUAUGACUGAAACAAACAAAAAUUUUCCCAUAAAUACAGUUUUGAUGUCUUAGGUUUACAUCUCAGGAGACUAGUGUUAUAAGUUGCUUGUCCAGUAAACUCACUAAUCAGGGAUAAUAUGACCCCAAUACUUCAGGACUUAUUCUAAAAUAAUGGGAAAAAGAUAAUUUUUUGAAGUCAGUUUCUUAAAUGAGGACAACAUGUAAUUUUAUCUCAGUAGCCUGGCCUCUUGCUCUGUAUUUAUAAGGACUCAGUGGUCGUGUUCUACUUCAUAAAUCUGAAAGAACACCAUAUUUUGUUUUGUUUCUUCCUUUCAUUUUCCUCAGUCAUGAGCAUACUGCUCCAGCUAGCUGACUGUUACUUCUGUGUCAUCUGAUAUAGCAGAAUUAAAAAUUAUGAGUUCCCGUAUAUUCCCUUCAGGUCGGAUAAGUCUAUUGUACAACCCUAUGAUCUUUCUGUUAUUACCUCAUUGCCAGACCUAAAACACAGUGUGAAGAUUGAUGUGGAAUAAAUCCAAGUUUAGGAAAAAAAUUGAGAAUGCUGAGGAAAUUCACUUAGCAUUUCUGCCACUAACUGGUGGAAAAACACUGACUUCUAGGGCUUAUCACUCUGGUGCCUUCCAUCACUUCUUACUAAAAGCAAAAACUAUGACCAUCUAUCAAGAAAAUUUGGAUUGUAAAGGAAAUCCUUUGUUACAGCUAUGCAGGCAUUGCUUCAUUCAAUAAUAUUCUGAAUUGGGUAAGUCAGGAUGUGUUAAUAAAUCUCUCUGAAGAAUGCAUGUAUUUUAAUACCAGAAACACACCCACACCCACCCACCCACACACACUACUAAGAAGCACCUGCAGACAAGAUAAAGAAAAGGCAGGUGAAAAAACACUUGGUUUAUCUGCAGAUUAUCACUACUCUGGCCCUUAAUAAAGAAAACUAAGUGCGCAAUUCAAAAUUCAACCGCUGAGGAGUGAGUCUGACAUGAAAACCCAAGGACAAUAACCACCAAAACAAAGUAAAACAAAACAAACAAAAACCACCCUCCUGCUAGAUAGUUACCUCCUUGGUUGAAAGACAUAAAUCUUGUAUGUUGUAUCUGUAGUGAACAAUUGUAGACUUGUCUUUGUCACACUGAGAGAUAAAUCUACUUACCAGACCCCACUCUAAGGCAGAGGUAACAUUUAUGUGAACUUUUUCUAACUGCAGCGCCACUAAUCAUUAUCCCUAAGCACAGAGAUCAAGCAUGCCAGUGCCAUAGCAGAGCGGCAAUUCAGUACAUCCAAUCGAUUCCUUUAGCCAUGGGCUAUUAGCUGAGUGUACAAAAGACUAAUGGGUUACAUCCAUUAUAUACAUGCAGGGCUUUCAUGAAAGUUAAAUAGUCCUUUAAACACACACACACACAUCUGUACUGUGGCAUCCAGAGUUUCCUUCAGUCUUACAGUGCAGCAGUUCAAACACCUUACAAGGAAUUAAUUCACUGAGCACAGAACAAAUGUGUAAUGCAAAGAAAUGACCAAGUCAGCUCCACUGCCUUGAUUUAUCUUAGCCCUUCUAUUUUAGCAGCACCUGGAGAAUCCAGUGCUUGUACUUCAGCAGUCUCAAGAUCCCUCCAUGGUGCUACUCGAAGAAAGUUGCUGGUGUUCAUGCAGAGCUGGUUUCAAUACAGGGCCACUGUUUUCUGCCGUAAGUCUUCUGGAGUGAAAUGAAAAAAACUGGGCUCACAGAAAAAGUAACAAAAUAAAUAAAUAAAUAGAUGGCUCCUGGCUGGAGAGUUCAAGAAAAGUGGUUCUGUGUUUGGGUAGUGCUAUGUAUUUUUAAAAUAGCAUUAGCUAAGAACAUGACAGCACAAGCUUUUUGAAUGAAGGGCAAUGAGUACAUACACAUCUACAAGAGAAUUCCAUGGCAAAGGAAAAUGAAUGAUGCUUAUGUGUGUCACUGCCUCCACGAUUAUCUUCAUGAUGUGAGUCCAGACUGAUAAGUAAAUAAAUCCAAUAUUGAAAAAAUAUUUUAAAUACCUACGUAUUUGUAUCUUUUCUAAUACUGCCAAUAGUAUGUCAAACACAUGCCCACUGAAAAUUAACAUAUCUACUUAAUUAUUUCCUUUUCCUUUUUUGAUUAAAAAUUAGAAAUCAUAUUUCUCCAUCUUUGGUUUUAAAAGUUGAAGAAAAUUCAAUCUUCAACUUAUCCAAGCACAAUCUCCUUUCAUUCAUUCAUUUAUUUAUUUAAUCAUAUAAUAUAUACUAAAUUUGCAUUAUCAUUGUAACUUAACAGAGCCACAAAAAAAGUCAUUAUCCACUUAUAAUUCAAAUGGUAAUCCUGUGCUUCUUCACAUUAGCUCAUUUGCCUUCCAUGCUCAUCACAGCCUGCUUCUCAUUCUGUCAUCCAAACCAUGUGGUUUAGAAAUGAACUUUGAUGUGCAACUGGCCAGGCAUGAGUCUGGUAUUGAGGACCUGUCUGCUUUAAGGAUCCACUCUCAGGGAGUCAGCAUAGUUAAGUACUGAAGACAGGAGUCUGGAGGAAGAGUUCUCUGGACUCUGUCACUGGGUUUGUGUUUCCUUCUGGGCAAGUUACUUAACAUCUCUGCAUCCCCAUCUCAAAAUGAUCAUAACACUACCUACCUCACAAGGGUGCUGUGAGGCUCACCGUGAAACAUAAGAGGGACUGGCAUGAAGAAGGGAGAACCUAUGACAAAGGUGCUAUGGGAUUCAAAACAGCUUGAGGAAGCCAAUGAGUAGGAGCCCCUCUCCCCCAGGGAGCCCCAGGUCUGUCAGAAAAUGUCAACUCCCUUAAGUCUAGAAGCGAAAAUAGCGCUGGUUGUCAUUUGGCUUGGUUUGUCUUUAGUAUCUCUGCUUUUCACAACUCAUCUCUCUUUGAGAGAUACUGGCUUGGAAAAACAAAGGAGAACAGAAAUGAUUCAAUUCCAGGUACUGGGGGUGGAGGAGACAGUUAUUUAUUUUAGUUCAAAUCAGGAGUUUGAAUGGUUAUCUUCAAGGGGCUGCAUUUUGUUAGAGAAGUUUACUGCCUAGGGCUUUCUGUUGUUCUCAGUCUGACUCCCCAGCUUUCUGUGCCAUUAUCUGCACACACGUCCCCUUUCCCUUUUAUUGCAAGGGCAGCUGUGGUCCUCCUCACGUCAUAAUGAUUCUUUUCACUCAAUCUCUUUUACUCAAAGGACAAAUUCUUUUCAAUAACCAUUGUAAUUAUUUUCUUGGAGGGCCAUUUUUUAAUUGCCAUAUUGUUCAGCUAAGCCCUAUUGUCUUGGUGUCCUUCAAAACUGUCAGUUGCUUUAAAAUAUAGGGGUGGGGGAGGGAGCUGAUAAGCACAUUGUUGUAAUUGAUUUGUAUGUUUGAAUUGUCUUAUCAGAAAACUAAGUUAUGGAAUUUCAUCUGUUGAGACACAAAAUAAAAUACUUUCCUAAAAAAACUGUGUUUUGCUUUUGAAUGUUCAAAACAGCAUUUCGGCUUCUCUGCGUGUUUUUAAUGUUUCAUUCCUAUCAUUGCAUUAUUAAUUGGGUAUUAAAUAGAAACCUAGCUUUUCCUUGCCUCCAUUGGCAUCGGUCAAUCCUUUGUUAUAUAAACUUGAGAAGCAAUAAAGUGAAAUUGUUCAAGACAGAAUUGAAAAGACCAUUCUGAGAAGCCUGCGCUCAC